AUGUCCCCCAGUAUGCCUGUUGCAACCACCGUCGCUGCUGACCCCAUUGCUGUUGGAGCCGUCGCUGUUAAACGACCUGCUCUCGUUAUUGGCUCCCUCUCCACCGCAGAGGAUGGAACAUAUCAAGCAUUGAUCUCAGAUUUGCAGAGUUCGCGGCAAGUAGAUAGGCAGCUUUUAGAUCGGUUGGUGGACAACGCAACCACCUUGGAACCUUCAUCUUACGACUCCGUCCAUAUCACCCUCGCACCUUCCGAUUAUCAGGGCUUGACACAAAAGUUACCCCAACUCCUCUCACAACUUUUGACUGGGUUAACGCCCUUGGGCACCCUCCACCUUAUCAAUCUUACCUCAGCUGUACGGACCUUACCAUCCGAGCUUACACUUGCGGGGUUUAAUGUUCUCUCCGCGCUUCCUGACGAGGGUACUAUCAUCGCUCAAAAACCCCAACAUGUUGCCAGUACAUCGGUCCCUCUAAAAAGCCGUCAGCCAGGCGCACUUCUCAACAGGAAGAAAACAGAUCCAGCAAAGAAGCAGGCCUUGUGGGCUUUGAGUUCACCCUCAACCCCCAAGAUCGAUCCAGAGGCGUUACUCACGGCGGAAGAUAAGACCCGUCUAACGCCUGCAUGCGAACCUGUGAGAUCAUCGGCUCCUCGACGCAAGAAGGCUUGCAAGAGCUGCUCGUGUGGGCUGGCGGAGUUGGAGGAGGAAGAGCGAAAGCUAGGAAAGGUUGUGCUGCUCGAUGGAUCACAGGAUGGGACGGCGAAGGAGGUAUCUCAAGAUGAGAAGGAGAGGCUAAUAAUUGCUGCAAAGGCCGCACCAAAGGCAACGAGUAGCUGUGGGAGUUGCUUCUUAGGAGAUGCCUUUCGAUGUGCGGGUUGCCCUUAUCUCGGUCUACCUGCGUUUAAACCGGGUGAAAAGGUGGAAAUUGAUUUUGGGAUGGAUGAUUUCUAG